AUGUUCGCCUUCUCUUUGGUCAUCUCCGUGCUGCUUGCUUCUCAGUCUCUGGCUUCACCCAUCUCCACCGAACUCGCCUCUCGAGCCUCGAGUAUCAACGUCGGACAGCUCUUAUGUCACAUCCCGUUCGUUCCCAAGGCGCUCUGUACUUCAAACACGAAGCGGGGCAGUAAGACAGUGAGCACACCCUUAGGCACCGCGACCGGGGUCGCGGACGGGUCUGGCGUGCGGUUCGCAGUCAAGUACGGCUCUGCAUCCCGAUGGGCGCCUUCGACCGUCGCAACAGCCUGGGAAUUGCCGAACGGCAACACCGAUCCGUCUGCGAAACCGCUCAUGUGCGCGCAGGUUGGUGCCGACUCGAGUGCAUUCUCCGAAGAUUGCCUUUCCGCUCUUAUCUACGUGCCCUCUACCGUCACAUCCGGCAGCAAUGUCCCGACUUUCAUGUGGAUACAUGGCGGCUCGUUCACCGAAGGUUCUGCGACUGCCGAUGGCCUCGAUGGUAUGGCUCUUGCUACGGCGACGGACUCCAUCGUUGUGGUCGUCCAGUAUCGUCUCGGUGCCUUGGGUUUCAUGGCCCCGAGCGGGCAGACGAACCUCGCGGUCAAGGACAUGAUUACUUGCAUGCAGUUCUUGCAGAAAGUCCUGCCCAGUUUUGGCGGGUCCGCUUCUAAGAUCACUCUGGCCGGGCAAAGCGCUGGCGGGAAUAUGAUUCGUGCACUUCUUGCCGUGCCCUCUGCAUCGUCGCUCUUCCAGUCCGCUAUCAUCCAAUCUGAUCCUAUGGACUACGGCUUCCUGACCACCGAUGUACAGAAGGAGUUACAAUCAUACUUCAACUCGCUUCUCAACUGCUCUUCGACGGACACCACUUGUCUCUCGGCGAUCCCUCUCAGCGAUGUUCUUGAUGCGUCGGAUAACCUGUUCAAUCAGGCGCCAAGCAUCGACGACUCAGCGGUUGCGUCGCAGCCCAUGCGCCCUGUGCACGAUGGUCAGCUAAUCACGAGCACCCUCGACGACCAGACCGGAUUCCCGACUGUCUCCAAGCCGGUACUAGUCACCAAUGUGAAGGACGAAGCAGCUCCUACGAUCUACGGCCUUGUGUCGAGCUUCAUGUCUGUUGAAUUCUUCCAGCAGUGGGUCGACGCUUCGUAUGGCGACCCGAAGGCCAGCAACGUCCUUGAUUCGUCAUUCUACGCUGUUCCUGUACUCGCCGAUGGUCAGCAGGAGGACUCGCGUAUUCCCUUGACUCAAAUGGGCACAGACAGCAUCUGGCGCUGCCCUGCCUACACCUUCGCUCGCUCCUGGGCUUCAAAUGGUGGCAAGGCAUACGUGGGUCAAUUCCAAGUUGGGGCACACUAUCCGGCCAACGACGGUAUCGCGGAGUGUCAAGGCUCGGACGUUGUCUGCCAUCAGGAUGAUAUCGAGAUUGUCUUCGGCACUGUAUCAAGCCCGACAUCUGCACAAUCCUCCGUCGUCGCCGAGAUCCAGGCGCGCUAUAAGGCGUUCAUGUACACCGGCAACCCGAACCCUACCUCCGGCAACUAUGCGACGUGGACGCCUGCAGGAGACAGCACCGUUUCCGCUAUCCUCUUCGGAGCUACCGGCACUGCCGCUGUUGGGGCCUGCUCCCCCGACUUUUGGGGCAGCCAGGUGAAGUACGAUUAUCAGAUCUGGCACGACUGA